AUGUCGCUAUGCAAUCUUUGCCAGUCGUUCGACAUCCUCGACUUACCAAACUUAUCGCCAAACUACACUGUCUACCCCGUAACCUCCAAAGCAUAUCCUCCCCUGGUCUCCAACAUUCACAAGCUUCGGAUCGGCGGAUGGAAGAAGGAUAGAGAUGACUCGAAACAUGACUCUGAACCUCUGGGACUGCCUUACCACCAGUCCAUUGAGGCACUAGAAGCCGCUCGCGCGAACAACUGCGCGAUCUGCACAGUCGUACAACGCGAUGUCGCGCAAUUCAAAACGGAGUUUUUGGAGGCGAAGAAAGAUGCUAGUGCUUAUAGGGAGAGGAGCGGAGGUCCAGAUUGGAGGAUGUUCGCCGUGAGGGGUGUCGGUGAGACUGGAGGCUUCAUGAUAGUGUCGGCUGAUACGAAAGCACCGUUUGAGAUCUGGGUUGUUGCUGCCGUCGGGUUUUGUGUUGACUAUAAGGACCCGCUCACCAGCAUCAUCAGGGGACGAAAGAUCCUCUCCGACUCUCAGCACACGCUUCAGCAUGCUCUGAGUUGGGUGUGCGAUUGCGAUAAACAGCGGACGGAUAGCCGCUGUCAUGUUGAUGCUGCACCCCUUCCAGCUCGCGUACUAGAUAUAAGAAGCUCGGCAUCCCACAAGGCAUCCUUGUAUGAGCCCGCGGAGGGAGAGCUAGGACGCUAUGCAGCACUGAGCUAUGUCUGGGGCGAAUCAAGCAUGUUCACAACUACGAAAGCAAACAUCGAAGCAAACAAGGAGGGCAUCGAUAUCGACAAGCUACCUGAGACGUUUCAGGAUGCCAUAUUCGUGGCAAGAGAAAUGGGAAUCGGAUACUUAUGGGUUGACUCACUCUGUAUCUGCCAAGACGACUCUUCAGACUGGUCCCGCGAGACCUCCCGGAUGUCUUCAGUCUACUCAAAGGCCUAUAUAAUGCUCUCAGCAACAGGUUCUGCUUCGUCUAACGCCGGUCUAUCAAUAUUCUCUCCCACCCGCCCAGCACCAACUUACUCAUCCUUUCCCUACACUUCCACAGAGGGUACUAAAGGAACUCUGCUCGUAUUCUCCUAUUCUAAGGAGGUUACUAGAUUCCCUGCCUGGUCAGGUCCUUACGAACUACUCAAGAACGAGCCAUUGACCCAACGAGGUUGGGCACUCCAGGAACGCUGGCUUGCACCUCGCAUUCUGCACUUUGGAAGCAAGGAGAUGUUCUUCGAAUGUUACUGUGGGUUCAAGGGUGAGAGCGGUUUCUUGAUGGAGGGCAGGAAGGAUACGCUCUUCCCAACCACUCCUCCUGGCUCUUCUCCGGCAAUCUCAAUCGAUACCAUCUCCGACGAGAUCGAUUCCGCAGAACCAGAGCCCAUGGAACGCCAAUGGAACUCCGUACUAUCUGACUACAAAAAACGCCAACUAACAAAGGCCUCGGACAAGCUCCCUGCCCUCUCUGGUCUCGCCCGCACCUACCAGGACAUCACGGGCGACACAUACCUCGCCGGUCACUGGCGCUCCACACUCCUCCACUCACUUAUAUGGCAGGCGACCGAUCACCCCACCGUCCCAAUCACGUACCGCGCCCCAUCUUGGUCGUGGGCCACCAUCGAUGGUUCUUUCGGCAUGUUUAGUCCUGGUAUGGGGUUUGACAAGGGGGAGUGGGUCAGUCUUGCCACAAUACAUGCUGCUUGGACCAACUUGAAGAACGAAGAGAACCCUUUCGGCGAGGUGACGGACGGGCAGUUGGAUAUCAGCGCUCCGCUGGAACGACUUUUCCGCUUUUCGAGCAAAGAUGAAGAGGGAGUGGAAUGGCCCAAGAACUAUAAAGGAGCCAAAGUACGAACACAAAACGCCAAUGUGAAGAGCGGCGAGUACAAUUAUGUAAUAUUCGAUUCUGCAGACCAUGCAGAAAGAGCAAAGGGCAGGGAGCUGUGGGUAGCGGUGCUUUUGAAGCAUGUUCAUGCAGAGGACAAUAAGGGAAUCUGGGAGUCGAGCGUGUCUUAUCAUGGGAUUGUUGUUGCGGAAAUAAAGGGUAAGCAGAAUGUAUACGAGAGGUUAGGAAAGAUUCCUUUUGGUGAGAAAGAUUUGGAAGAGUGUGGGUGGAUGAGUGAUGGAGACUUGGUAGAGAGGUUUACCUUGGUGUAG